AACUCAAGAAUCAACUUUAUAUGUCUAUGACAUUUCUCUAUCCACAAAUAUCUCCACAUCUCUAAACUAGCUACUGAACACUCUUCUUCUCCAAAAACAUGAUGAAGCAUCAAUUGCUGUCUUGUCCGUGCAAAUUUUUAACCAUCUUUUCUCUCAUUCUUCUUCUAUUUCCCAUCCUGGUCUCCUCCAAGAACUACUGCACAUGUGAAACAGAAUCACAAAACCAGAAAAACAUAUCUGAAGCACUCAGAUACAAACUUAUUGCAAUAGCUUCAAUUUUGCUUGCAAGUGCAGUUGGAGUUUCUCUUCCAUUCUUGGCUAAGAACAUAUCAUAUCUACGCCCAGAUGGAGAAGCCUUUUCUCUUGUCAAGGCAUUUGCUGCGGGUGUAAUCCUGGCAACUGGGUUCAUUCACAUUCUUCCUGAUGCCUUUGAAACCCUGUCAAGCCCUUGCCUUGGAGAAAAUCCCUGGAAAAAAUUUCCUUUUACAGGUUUAGUUGCCAUGUUAUCUGCUAUAGGAACUCUAAUGAUGGAGUCUUUUGCCUCAGGCUACCAUAAGAGAUCUGAGUUGAGGAAACCACAGCCUGUGAUGAGUGGUGAUGAUGAUGAUGAUCAUGAUGGGGCGAACGAGAUCAGUCAUAUUCAUGGAUCUGCUUUUGCAUUGGACAGAAUAAAUUCAUCUGAGCUUGUUCGGCAUCGAAUCAUUUCUCAGAUAUUGGAACUUGGAAUUGUGGUUCAUUCUGUAAUCAUUGGGUUAUCAUUAGGUGCUUCCCAAAAUUCAAAAACAAUAAAAACCCUAGUAAUAGCAUUGAGUUUUCAUCAAUUCUUCGAAGGAAUGGGACUCGGUGGAUGCAUUUCUCAGGCAAAAUUCAAGCCCCAAUCUGUAGCCAUUAUGAUUAUAUUCUUCUCCCUCACCACUCCAACAGGCAUAGCAAUUGGAAUAGGAAUCUCAAAAAUCUACAAUGAAAGUAGCCCAACUGCACUAGUUGUUGCAGGCCUUCUCAAUUCAGCAUCUGCUGGGAUCCUAAUUUAUAUGGCACUUGUUGAUCUCCUUGCAUCUGACUUCAUGAGUUCUAAAAUGCUAGGUAAUUUUAAGCUUCAACUUUGGGCAAACCUUACUCUUCUCCUAGGAGUAUGUUGUAUGUCACUCCUAGCUAAAUGGCAAUAACUCUAAGGUAUUUUGAACAUUUAUCUCUUCUACUAAGGUACUUUGAAGACUUUUUAUAUAAAUGAUAAUUUUGUUAUCAUAAACGUUGUAGAAAGCAAAAGGUCUUUCACUCUUAAACUAUUGAUUAAUAGUCAUAGAAUUUUGAACCUUGGCUCCUUAUUGGUGAUUUUUAACGCUCUGCUUAGCUCUCAUUAAAAGCAGGGAGGAUCUCCAUUACGUACAGGUAUUUGUACCAGCUUUGCAGAAUUCUUUCAAAGUUUGCCUUGUUAAUUUGAGAUUCUUAGGUAUGAAGUUUACAUGGAAGUGUGGCAAUCUUUAGGAGAGGUUAGACAGAGCUCUUGCCAAUUGUAGUUAGUGUAUCAAUUUGCUUGAAGCGUCUGUGACUCUCGCAUGGCCAUAUUACAUUCUGAUCACUGCCCCCUUUUACUUAAGCUGGACAACUAUUGCCCUUUAAUUCAUAAUAGAAGGCAUUUAGAAAACACAAGAAAGAAAUUUCUCUCCCCAGCUUGACCUUUUGAAAAAUUCCCUCAAGAAGGUGCUUGAUAACAUCUUGCUUCAAGAGGAGUUGUCCUAGUUUCAGAAAUCUAAAAGUGAUUGGGUGAAAUAGGGUGAUAAAAAUACUGCUAUUUUUCAUCUCAAAACUAUUCGAGAAGGAAGAAAAAUCGGAUAGAGAUAUUGAAUGAUAAUGAAGGCAACUGGAUUGAUAAUCAAGAGGUUCUACAAUAUUUGGCUAUUAAUUUUUAUAAAUCUUUAUACUCAGAAGAAAGUGAUGUCUCACCUGGUUAUAUCCUAUUAAAGAUUGGUAUCCGAAUUGCUAUCAGGAUGAUUGGGCUAUUAAGGAGAAAUUUGUCAAGCUCUCUUCAGUAUGAAACCCUAGAAAGCUCUUGGAUGUGAUGGUUUCAAGUGGGGUUCUUCCAAAAUCAAUGGGUGGUUUGUGAUUCAACUUUCUCUAGUUAGAUAAGGUGUAUUCUUAAUGGGGGUUUAUUUAUAGGAUAAAGUGAAUAAUUUCGCUUCUUUCUCUUAUCCCCAACAUGGAUAACACUUCCAACAUCACCCAGUUUAGACCUAUUGCCUUGUGCAGUGUUAUUUAUAAGGUGGUCACCAAGGUCAUUGCAAACAGAUUGAAACAAUUGAUGCCAAUGAUUAUUAACCCUACACAAUCUGACUUUCUCCCUAGAAGACACAUCAUUGAUAAUUUUAUUAUUACUUAGGAUAUUGUUCAUUCCAUGAAAAGAAAGAAGGGUAAAGUUGGUUUUAUGGCUAUCAAAAUUGAUUUGGAAAAAAGCCUACAAUAGAAUCAGUUGGAAUUUUCCUUUUGAUACCCUCUAGGACACCGGUAUUCCUUAUUCUCUUAUUUCUAUUAUUAUGAAUGGUUUUUGUUGUUGCACUAUCCAGGUGCUUUGAAAUGGGGUUGCGAUGGAUUCUUUCUCCCCUUCCAGAGGCUUGCGACAUAGUGAUCCUUUAGGUUAGACCAGAAUCUAAAAAUGGAGAGGUCUUCAACAUGUUUGAGUCUUCCUUUGGGUGGCCGGCUAGUGAUAGGCUCAUGACUAAUUUUGAGAGAUGUAGGUGCCACCUUAGCAACUCGGCGACCUGUCCUCUUUGCUCAAGGGAGGAGGAGACAAUUCUUCAUGUCCUUCGAGAUUGCAAUCUAAGUAAAGACCUUUAGUCUUUGUUGGUCCCUGUAUCACUGGGGAGUUCAUUUUUUGAUGGUUUUUCUUUUAGAUUAACAGGAAUAUUAGUGCGGCCUGUGUUAGUUUGCAUGAUCUAAACUGGCCCUUCAUAUUUGGAACUUAAGAAAUAAAUUGGUCCUGGUGCAAGCAGAGGAAUUGUAUGGUGCCAUGCUCAUGCUUGAACAAACUAGAAUUGUUACUCAGAAUCCUAGAAGGCGAAUUGGUUGGUCUUGCCCUCCUGCAGGUAUUUUCAAACUUAACCCUGAUGGUGCAGUGUGUGCAACAUUUGUAAGAUCUUCAGGAAAUGGUCUGAUUCGUGAUAGCCUUGGAAAUUGGAUCAAAGGUUUUGUCAUCAAUGUAUGCAGUUGUUCUAGAUUACCCUCAAAGGCUUCCACCUUUUGGAGGAAUUGGGCUUUUAUUGAGUUCUAGUGGAAUGUAAUAAUAUGGAAAUAGUGGAGCUUAUCAAGGAAACUGCUCACGAUCAUGGAUCUAAUCUAGCUCAGGUGCAUGCUAUUCAGAAGGUGGUUUCGAGUAAAAUGUUUUACUUG